UCGGCUUUCAGGAAAGAGAGGCCUAAGCUCUCGGCGCAGAGUUGGGUUUACAGGGGCGCGACGAGCUUCUUUAAAGGCCCCCAGGAGCCGGUGGGAGCUGUAGGGGUAACCAGGAAGGGCUCUAGACGCCGUGGGCGCCGCGGUAUUCGGGAGUCCCCCUACCGGAGAGUGUGGGCCCCCUCGCCCGGCUCCCGGUGCUCUCCGGCUGCCGGCCCGCUCCCGGAAGCCGUGGCAGCUGGUAACAAAGAGCCUGCCCGGCCUCCGCUGCCCGGGCUACGGGACCCAGGAGCCAGCGCAGCUGCUGGGGUUGAACGCAAGUCGGGCCAUGCGCCGCGGUGAGGGGCGGCGGCCGGCGGCCUAGGCGCUGGUGCGGGUUGAGAGGCCGGUACCUCCUUCUUCGCCGCCCGCAGGAUCCGGGGCGCAGGUGCAUCUGCUCUCCCGGCCGCUCCACUCGGGAGAGCGGCUUCACGACCUUUCCCCGGCGGCGCCUGGCCUUCAGUUGCAGGGGACCGAAGCUCAGCUCCGGCUGCCAAGCCCUGGGCUUCUUUGCAGGACUCCGAGAGCACCGGACUCUUCCCCGAGGUGUCCUGAAGCUGAGAAAGUCUGGCGGUUUUUGCUUUUAAUAAAAAGUUUUUAUAAGUGUCCAUUUUUAGAAAUUUUUGCAGAGUUUGAAGUACUCUCUACCUCUUUGCAUCCUUUUUCUUGCUCCUGGAGUCUUUCCUCCUCAGCUAUAAACGUUUUUACUAUUAAGAGCAGACCAGGGAUGAACAUUUUGUGAUUGAAAGUGCAACUGUGUAAAACCACGUCGAAACUAACCAAGAUGGACAAAAAGUCCUUUGAAACGGUGUUGGAUGAAAUUAGAAAGGCUGUUCUGACAGAGUACAAAUUAAAAGCAAUUGAAUAUGUGCAUGGAUAUUUCUCUAGUGAACAGGUGGUCGAUUUACUGAGAUAUUUCUCCUGGGCUGAACCUCAGUUAAAGGCAAUGAAAGCAUUACAACAUAAAAUGGUGGCUGUUCACCCAGCAGAAGUGGUCCAUAUUCUCAAUUGUUUCACCUUCAGUAAAGACAAGCUAGUUGCUCUUGAGCUGUUAGCUUCAAACAUUGUUGAUGCACAGAAUUCUCGUCCCAUUGAAGAUUUAUUCAGGAUAAAUAUGUCUGAGAAGAAACGGUGCAAAAGAGUACUUGAACAGGCUUUCAAGGGGGGCUGCAAAGCUCCUCAUGCCAUGAUAUCUUCUUGUGGAACAAUCCCAGGAAAUCCAUAUCCCAAAGGAAAACCUAGUCGCAUAAAUGGAAUUUUCCCAGGAACUCCCUUGAAAAAAGAUGGUGAAGAAUGUACUAAUGAAGGCAAAGGAAUAGCCGCACGGAUUCUUGGACCAUCCAAACCGCCUCCUCCAACAUACAAUCCACAUAAGCCGGUCCCUUAUCCGAUACCUCCGUGCCGGCCACACGCAACUAUCGCACCAAGUGCUUAUAACAAUGCAGGUCUGGUACCAUUAGCCAACGUCAUAGCUCCGGGUGUCCCCCCUCCACCUCCAUAUACUCCUAAUCCAGUAGGAACAGAAAAUGAAGACCUUUCCAGUCAGUCAAAACCUACACAGAAUCAAACAUUCUCUACCCCAGGAAGUCAACUCUUCUCUCCUCAUGGUUCCAACCCUUCAACACCGGCUGCAACUCCAGUCCCCACCGCAUCCCCAGUCAAAGCAGUGAAUCAUCCGUCAGCACUGGCAGCUGCUACCGUUUCUGGGAUGAACAUGCCGAAUACUGUCCUCCCUGUGUUCCCGGGGCAGGUCUCCGCGGCCGUCCAUACGCCUCAGCCAGCAACGCCAAAUCCGACAGUCAUCCGAACCCCUUCCUUGCCUGCGGCGCCCGUUACUUCCGUCCACAGCACAACUGCGGCUCCCGUCCCGUCCGUUUUCUCUGGCCUGGUUCCCCUGCCGGGUCCCCCUGCACCUUCCGUCCCAACCCCUCAGGCCACGUCCGCACCUCGGGCCGCUUCUGCUUCCAGCGAAACCUUCGCUUCUACGUCUGCCCCUUUCCCCGGCCUCCCCUUCGCUGCCACCUCUACCGCUGCUUCUACCAACAACCCGAAUUCCGCCUCUCUGUCCUCAGUGUUUGCGGGCCUCCCCUUGCCCUUAACACCCACAUCCCAAGGCGUGUCCAAACCCGCCCCUCCUGUACUUGCCGGCGGCUCUGCCCCCAGCGUGGCUUGUCCCCUCGGUGCAAACAGUCCUCUUCUGUCUGCUUUAAAAGGCUUUCUGACCUCAAAUGACACCAGUUUAAUCAACUCAUCCGCUCUGUCCUCUGCUGUUACAAGUGGGCUGGCUUCACUGUCUUCUCUGACUCACCCGAACCCUGACUCCCCCGCUCCAGGCCCCAGCAAGUGCUACGCCCCCUCGGCCGUGCCCGCCGCGCAGAGGUCGUCCACCCCCGGGUUGGCCAUGUUCCCGGGCCCGCCGGCUACCGUGGCCAACUCGGCCUCCACGCCUUCUACUUUGCCCGCACAUUCUCCCCUGGUGACGCCGGCGUCGUGUCCCGCCUCCGUGCCGGUCAGCGGGGGCUCGUCGGCUCCGCUCUUGCAGGGCCCCCACCCGGGUAACUCGGAGCUGCACGGCGCGUCCGCCCCCGCCGUCACCACCAUCCCUGUCAUGAUCAAAACCGAGCCCACGAGCCCCACUCCCUCAGCCUUCAAAGGCCCGUCUCACUCGGCGAAUCCCCCCCACGGCACUUUAGGUUUGGGGACGCUGGGCCGCGCGUACACGUCCGCGUCGGUGCCCAUCACUCUGUCUACUUGCCUUAACCCCGCCCUGUCGGGCCUCCCCAGCUUGCCCGCCCCCCUGAACGUGUCCAACCCGCUCUCGUCCAUCGCCCUCCCGCCGCACGCCUCCUCCGCGCCCAUCACUCCGGUGUUCACGGCUCUUCCUCCGUUCACGUCUCUGACCAGUAAUUUCCCUCUAACUGGCAACCCGUCUCUCAACCCCUCCGUGUCUCUUCCAGGGUCGUUACUAGCCACCUCGUCUGCGGCGGUCACGUCCACGCCCGUGCCCGCCGCCAGCUCCACCGCAGCCGUGCUCCCGGGGCUUGCGGCCUCGGCGCCGGCCUCGGCGGCCCCUUUCCCCCUUAACCUGUCCACCGCCGUCCCCUCCCUCUUCUCGGUCACGCAGGGACCUCUGCCGGCCUCAAACCCCUCGUACCCCGGCUUCUCCGUCUCCAACACCCCCAGCGUCGCCCCCGCGCUCCCCUCGUUCCCGGGGCUGCAGGCGCCGUCCACGGUGGCCGCCGUCGCCCCGCUGCCCGUCGCUGCCACGACCCCGUCCCCGGCUCCCGUCCUCCCGGGAUUCGCCUCAGCGUUUAGCUCCAAUUUCAACUCUGCUCUCGUUGCCCAGGCCGGCCUGUCAUCUGGCCUUCAAGCUGCAGGCAGUUCUGUUUUUCCAGGCCUGCUGUCCCUCCCAGGUAUCCCCGGGUUCUCCCAGAAUCCUUCCCAGUCAUCCUUGCAGGAAUUACAGCAUAAUGCAGCUGCACAGUCUGCCUUGUUACAGCAGGUCCAUUCAGCUUCGGCUCUGGAAAGCUAUUCAGCUCAGCCAGACGGAUUUCCUAGUUAUCCUUCGACACCAGGAACACCAUUCUCUUUACAACCAGGCUUGUCCCAAAGUGGGUGGCAGUGAAUAUAUUUUCAUUUGUAUUCUCCUCCGGAGCGACAUCGGAUAUGCCUAAGGACUGCAGUGAACAAUCUGACUAAUGCGAGGUUGGCUGACAUUCUCAGAAAAUGAGAAUGAGGAUAAUCUUGGGGAAAUUGGGAUAAGAGUUUAAAACAAUGACGAUUACAUUUUUUAAUGGUUUUAAGUAUGAACACUCCCCUAUGUAAAUAUGCUGAUGACGAACUGUACGGAGAAUAGUAUUAAAAAGGUGUUCGGGGACUUUUCAUCUCCCACCCUAUGAAAUUUUGAGUCAUGUAUGUGAUCUGUGUGGGAAGAAUACUAAAGAGGAGGUUGAACUCUUUAUAGCCGAAUACAGCCUUAAAUCUGCUUGUAUAGCAUCCACUGACAGAAGUAAUAGUUGUGCCUCAGACUCAUGGGUUGAUUUGGCCCUGGGGGCAUUACUGCCCUUGGAAUGCAUGAGUGGUUCCCGUUAGCAUCGUUGGAACGCAGUACUCCGUAUGUAGCCACAGAAGGGAACUUGAAACCCACCAUUAUUUCUAACUUCUGACAUUUAUGCGCAAACAUUUACUGCUGAAUUUAACUUAAUAUAUUUCAGGUAAGUGAAAAUGGUGCUUAAUAUAGUCUUUAGAAUGACUUUCAGGUGUUUUCGACUAAAAAUGUAUCCAGAACUACUUUCUUACAGAAACGCAAGUAAGGCUUGUGAUGAUUGGCCUUCGACACUUAUUUCUUAAUCUCAGCAGUAUCCGAGCGAGUGAGGGACAUUUGACUGACCGUAGGGCCGCCUCUAUUACUCAUUGUACUCCGGAAGCUCUUGGUGAAUGUUUACAAUCACGGGACAUAGUAUUUCUAUUUGUACUUCAAGUCCAACGCUUCUCCAAAAGUCUGAUGUGACAACCAAUAGAGAAGACUUGCUCUGUUAGUAAACAUGAAGUGUGUGCUCUAAGGGUCUGUGGUAGCAUCGAAUGUGAGUGAAUGUCAUUCAUUAACGGGAAGAACUGCCACAUUCGGGGGGGCGGGGGUGGGGAGUAGUAGGGAGAAUGAUUUUCAAUCUUAAAAGUGUAAACUAUAGAAUCUACUGUAGUACAUUUCAGCAUCUAGAAGUUUUACUUUUAUAAAGAUGGUGUCUGGAA